AUGGAGACAAUCGAUCAAGGAUCAAUGCUGAAUGUCGACAUUCCUGUGGUGAAACUUGACAUGACCAUAGACACGGAGCCUGUAGCGUGGCUACCCAGUGAGCCAGUGUGUGAUGCCACAGACUUCACUUUACUAGACGUUGCUCCUGUGAACACCUCAGUCACACAGCCUGAAUUUGAGACACUGAUGCCAUAUGAGCCUGAACCUGAAGUUGAAGGACCUCACAGCGCUUUCAUGCUCUUCAUGCGUGAGUGGAGGGAACGCGUCAUGAAUGAGUUUGGUGUGGACGACAGCGAGAUUGUGAAGACCAUUCUGAAAGACCAGUGGGAUGAUCUACCCGCGGAGGAACAGGCCACGUACUAUGAGCUGGCUAAAGGAGAAAACAUCCUCCACUCCCAGCAGCAUCCCGACUGGUCAGCCAAAGAAAACUAUGGUAAAAGAAAGAGGUGCACGCACAGCACGAUGGAAGAAUCUGAAGAACCGUCACAUUCAAAGAAGCCUUGUUUGAUGUCAGGAUACGAGGACAGACAGCAGACACAGCAAAAAAGAGAACAAGGUCAAGCUGUUGGAUGUAAGCGGAAAGGAGACGAAAUCCAGGGUGCUGAAUGUAAGAGGAAAAGACAAGAGAUGAACUGGGUCACCCUGAACCAGCAGGACAUUAAGUGGUUAGCCUGUGCUCAGCUGCAGUUGGACCCUUUGGCUGGGGAUGAAGCUCCUGCAGCGGCGCCUCCACCGCAGACAUCAUAUGUUAAAAAGCCAGCGAACGCCUUCAUGAUCUUCAGGAGGGAGGAGAAAGACCGCAUCAUGGCACAGCAUAAAUGCAAAGAUAGCUGCCACGUGAAUAAGAUUCUGGGAGAGCUGUGGAAAAAUAUGACACGGGAGGAAAAAUCCAGAUACUUUGAAAAGGCCAAAGCAGAAAAGCUCCUCCACUCCCAGCUGCACCCCCACUGGACGUUCAAAGACAGCUACGGUAAGAAGACAAAGAAGAAGAAGAACAGGACCACCGAGCCACCCAGCAGGCUGUAAGGCAGCGGUGCCCAAAGUGUUCCAGAAAGGGCCAAGAGGGGGCAGGUUUUCUUUGCAGCCACUGACUCCAGCAGAUGAUUUCACUAAUGAAUUCAUCCCAUCUGCUCAAAGUGAUGUUCAUCUAUGAAAAGCGUCUCUGAAACAAUAAAGUGCCAUUUUUGGCACCACAUUGGCCCCUCUGAAGCUCAACAUGGAAAUUAUACAGUAU